AUGAAGAUAACGUCCAAGACAAGAGUUUGCAGUAAGCACUUCAAGGAAGAGGACCACCAUUCUCCUGACCGUGCAGGCUGGCGCCUGCUCAAAGAAGGAGCUAUCCCCACUGUUUUUAAUUGGGCAGCUGCCUCAAAACCCAGACGGGAGAUAAUCAGACACAUCGAAAGACAGACUAAGGCACAACUUCAUGUUGCACAAGGUGAGCUUGAAGAGCUAAGAAGAGAAUCAGAAAGGACCAAUAGAGAAGCAAAUGCUGCACUUGUUCUUGUGCAGCAAGAACUUCAAAGACACAAGGAAAAAGCUGCAGCUGAACUUAACAUUUUCAAGUUUGGCAUUGAGAGAUUCUCUACAGAUGAUGAUGCCAUCAAAUUUUACACUGGAUUCUGUUCAUAU